AUGGCUAGCACUAUUCUGAUUCCACCAGGCGGGACCUGGUUUGAUACGCACAGGAAGUCCUUCAUAGAUGUGCCAAUUGACUCGGGUGAUCAAGGGAUCGCCACAACCGAGUUCCUAGAGGCGGCAGAAGCAACAACCACACUAUUUGACCUUCUCGGUUCCGUUGCUUUCACACCUGUCAAGAAUGACAUGCUCGGCAACAUCAAGAAAAUACGAGAACGACAACUCGACUCCCCCGAACAAUGCUCUACCCUCCAGUCCCUCGUCAAGUCCGAACUUGCAACGAAGAAGCACACCGCCACCGAAGGUCUCCUCUGGCUGACCAGAGGCCUGGAUUUCACCGCCCAAGCUCUCCGCGCAGACAUUGCUUGCAGUGGAUCGCAAGAGCUUUCAGCAUCUUUCCGCAGUGCUUAUAAGUCUACUUUGGCACCACACCACAGCUUCAUGGUGAAACCGAUCUUCAGCGCGGCUAUGAGCGCAACACCAUAUCGGAAGGAUUUCUAUGCUAAGAUGGUGGCAGGAGGAACUGACUCUAAGAAGCUUGAUGAUGCAAAGACGGUAUGGUUAGAGGCGUUGGAGCAAAGAGUGCAGAUUCUAAAGACAUUCAUGGCGAGCAAAGAAGCAAAAUGGUGA